AUGCAUCUAAAAAUCGACAAACCCGACACUUUGCAACCGGAACAUGUUCAUAUUUGGGCUGAAAAUUUGCGGCCGCAAAAAUGCUAUCGAUUUUCAAUGAAAUUGAAACAUAAUUAUGGAUCACAUGCGAGUUUUGCAGUUUUUAAAUCGGAUGAAAAUGGGAGAAUCGACUUGAAAACUGACAAACCAUUGAGAGGAACCUAUUAUGGUAGGGGUUUUUUGCUGUGAUUUUUCGAAUUCCUGGCGAUUCCUGGAGUUUUUUGAGUCUAAACAUGAUAUAUUUCGAGAAAUUUGAAAUUUUCACUAAAUUCAAAGGUUCUCACUGAGUUUUUUGAAUUUCUUGUAAAAUUUGGAGCAUUUAGAGUAUAAACAUGAUAUUUUUCGGAUAAUUUUACAAGAAUUUUCACCGUUUCAAAGUCCGUCGAGUCAUAAAUUAAACUUGAUUUUAUUUCGAAACCGGAGAAACAUUGACGUCUUAUCAGUGAAAAUUUUUCGCUGAUAAAAAUUUGGGUGUCAGAUGAACAAACCAGAACAGAAAAGUGCAAAAACAAAUCCGGAAAAAAAUGUUUUGUUUGCAGAUGCUGAUCCAAUGGGAUUAUUUCUAUCGAUGACACCAUGUGAAGAUUUCGCGUUUGGUGGAUAUUUGCGAUGCACUCCUCCUGUACCAUUUAUCUAUCAAUUGAGGUGGGCAUUUUUAGGUGCUUCGGGGUUUAUUUUUGAGGUCAUAAAGAAAUUUGGAGCAUUUUGAGUAUAAACAUGAUAUAUUUCGGAGAAUUUUGAAAAAAAAAGGUGACCCCCCUGUACUGAAAAAUUCGAAUUUCUCCGAAAUAUAUCAUGUUCAUACUCAAAAUGCUCUGAAUUCCCUCAAAUUUCAAAAAUCAUCAUUUUGUCGAAAUGUUCAUGGGUUUUGAAGAAUUUUGAAAAAUUUAGCAUCCCCCCCCACCUCCCGAGGGGGGGGGGUACCUUUUUCACCAAAAUUCUUCAAAAUUUAUCAUGUUUGCACUCAAAAUGCUCCAAAUCACAUGGGAAACUCCAAAAAAGCUCAAAAAUUGAGUUUUUGGAGCAUUUUAGGUGCUCCGGGGUUUAUUUUUGAGCUCAUGAAGAAAUUUGGAGCAUUUUGAGUAUAAACAUGACAUAUUUCGGAGAAUUUUGAAAAAAAAGGUGACCCCCCUGUAUUGAAAAAUUCGAAUUUUUCCGAAAUAUAUCUUGUUUAUACUCAAAAUGUUUCGAAUUCCCUCAAAAAUUCAAAAAUCAUCAUUUUUUCGAAAUUUUCAUGGAUUUUGGAGAAUUUUGAAAAAUUUAGCAUCCCCCCCCCCCUAUCUCCCGAUGGGAGGAGGGGCACCUUUUUCACCAAAAUUCUUCAAAAUUUAUCAUGUUUGCACUCAAAAUGCUCCAAAUUCCCUCAAAAAUUCGAAUAGCAUCAUUAGAUUCCAAAAAGUUCUCUAGAAACUCGAAAUUCUUCGGAUUCAAAAAUAUAGGAUAGGAUUCUGAUAAAAAUAGAGAAUUUUAAAGGUUUUCCUUGCUUUUUUCGAACUUUUCAUGAAAUUUGGAGCAUUUUGAGUAUAAACAUGACAUAUUUCGGAGAAUUUUGAAGAAAAAGGUGACCCCCCUGUACUGAAAAAUUCGAAUUUCUCCGAAAUAAGAAGGGGGGGGGUACCUUUUUCACCAAAAUUUUUCAAAAUUUAUCAUUUUUGCACUCAAAAUGCUCCAAAUCCCUUCGAAAAUCCAAAUUUUUCAGUCUACUCGAUGAAUCUUCCACCCAAAUCGACGAAAUGUUCAUCAAAAAACACUGGAUGCAUCCUCAAUUGACUCGUACCGAAAUCGAACACGACGGCUUCUACGGGACCCUUUUCAAACCACCCGGCAAUGGUCCCUUCCCAUGUGUCAUGGAUAUUUCGGGAACUGGCGGCGGUUUACACGAACAUAAAGGCGCAAUGUUGGCUUCCGAAGGUUUUGUCGUGAUUUGUGUCGCUUUUUUUUCAAUUCAAAGAUUUGCCCAAUAAAUUGGAGGAUGUGGAAAUUGCGUAUUUUUUGAAACCUAUUCAAUAUUUGUUGGAUCUACCGUAUACCACGGAUAUGUUGGGUAUUCAGGGUGUUUCGUUUGGGGCGACUAUUGUGAAUAUGUUGGCGACUAGAUAUCCACAGGUGGGUCUAUGGGGUUACUGUAGAUUUGGAGCGCGAAAAUUUCACAAGUUUGAUAUAUUUGGUUUCAUUUUGAAGGCCUUAAAAUUCUCUAUAAAAUGAGCUACAGUAACCCUCAGUUACUGUAGAUUUUUAAUCUAAAUAUUUUUCAAAACUUGAAAAUAUUGGUUGCAUUCUGAAGGCCUUAAAAUUCUCUUUAAAAUGGGCUACAGUAACCCAUGAUUACUGUAGCGUUUGAAUUCAAAACAUCCUGAAAUUAAGUAAUCCAGGAGGUACUGUAGAUUUUGAGCUGAAAUUUUCCUUGAAGUCUUUCUCUACAUUUUCUGCUACAAUAACCCUGGAACUAUGGCUUACUGUAGAUUUAGAGCAGAAUUUGGUAUCACUUCAAAAAACGUUGAAAUUGAGCUACAGUAAUCACAAAAUAGGUUACAGUAUCUCUGGGAGACUGUAAAAAUGCUGAGCUACCGUAAUCCAGGAGGUACUGUAGAUUUUGAGCUGAAAAUGUUUGAAGUCCUUCUCACCACUUUAUGCUACAGUAACCCAGGAUUACUGUAGAAAAAUCCACGCAAAAUUUGCAGAUCAAAUCAGUUGUGUCAAUAAAUGGUCCGCAUUGUUUGAGCUCUUACAGUUUGCUCAAAGAAAAUGGAAAAUUGAUGGAAUGCGAAGAGUUGGAUGAUACAAAAUAUUAUUUUUUGAAUGGAAUUAUUGUGACUGCCGAAUGCUUCAAAGCAAUGACACCAUUUUUAAAGGAACAUACAUCAAUUCCAUGGCAUAAAAUACCCAAGGAGACUCGUUUCAGACUUAUUGUGAGUUUUUUUUUUUUGGAAAAUAAAAAAUAUCGUGUGGGGACUCGAAAUGCUCCAAAUUUUCUGGAAAAUUCGAAAAAAUUUAUUCAAAAAUCAUCAAUCUUCCUCGUUCACCAAACAAUCAUCACACCAAGCUUUCGCCAAACCAAAAAUUGUUGUCAGAAUUUGAAUUAGGAUAGCUUGAAGCAUUUUUGGGGGAAUUCUGGAGCGAUUUAGAAUUUUAUAUUGGAGAAUUUUUGAUUGAAUUUUCUUGAAAUGCAAACAUUUUCCACUAAAAUACAAAAAAUAAGCUAGAAAAAAAAAUUUUUUGAGAAAAAAUUUCGAUUCAGCAAAUGUCAAAAAACUAUAUUUUUUCCACACAAAAAUGAAAAAAAAAUGUCAAAAAAUAGGAAAAAAAUAUAGUUUUUUGACAUUUGAUGAAUUUGAAAAUUUUUGUCAAAAAAUUAAAAAAAAAAAAGUUUUUUUUGGUCAAAAAUUACGGACCCUUAAAAAAUUCACGGAUCCUUAUAUUUCUGAGGGACCCUUAUAUGUUUUUACGGACCCAUAUAUUUCCAUGGGACCCAUAUAUUUAUUGCGAAAGAGGAUUUUUUUCCAAAAUACACAAAAUCAGCUCUCCGAAAUUCUUGGAAAAUUUGAAUUUCAAAAAUUCGAGCAUUUUGCAUACCCACACGGCUAAACUUGAUCUCCAGACAUUUUAAUUCGAAAAAAAAGUAACAAAACUAGCCAUGUGAGCAUUCAAAAUGCUCCAAAUUUCACAAAAAUUCCAAAAAUUCCAGGGCUCAAUGGAUGAUUUAUGUGCACCAUCAGUUCACGCCAACAAAUACAUGGAAAAAUGUCUGAAAGACACGGGUCAUCAAGUGGAACUCGAAUUGGUGAAUGGCGGACACAUCAUGGAACCACCAUAUUUCCCGCAUCACGAUAUUGUAUUCGCCAAAUUCCAGGGAUUCUAUUGUGGUUACGGUGGAGAAAUUGUUUUGCAUGCGAAGAGUCAGGAAACCACGUGGAAUAACACGAUUUCGUUUUUCAAACGAACUCUUGGCGUUCCGCCAGAAAUGCCCGAUUGGGAGAGAUUGAGGCGAAUUGAGAGACCCAGGAAGGAAAAUGAGGAGAGAAGUCGAUUGUAA